CUUUUGGGAAAUGUAGUUGCAGUGUUGCCGGUGCAGCCGCCAUUGUCCUGCAGGCGACGAAUCGGGCGAUUCCUGUGGCUGGGUUGGCUCUCGAGUUUGGAGUUUCCCGGGUCAUUGUCCCCGACCGGUCGGUCCAGGAUGGACUCCGAGGAGGAAGCUGCAGGAUUAGAGUUGGCCGCAGGGCCGCCGCCGCAGCGGCCACAGGAGCUAGUCACCUUUCAGGAUGUGGCUGUGGACUUUACCCAGGAAGAGUGGGGGCAUCUGGGUCCUGCCCAGAGGACUCUAUACCGUGAUGUGAUGCUGGAAACCUUUGGGCACCUGCUUUCUGUGGGUCCUGUUCUUCCCAAACCUGAAGUCAUCUCACAGCUGGAACAAGGGGCUGAGCUAUGGGUGAUGGAGAGAGGAAUUGCCCAGGACCAUUAUCCAGGCUGGGAGCUUAGACCUGAAAAUAGAAUGUCACCCAAGGAGCAGGAGGGCCUUCCUGAGGAGAAGUCAUCCCAUAUCUUGAAUACUCCCUAUCCUGCCACACUGAAGAUAGAAUGGGAAGGUAAAAACCAUAUAGAGGAGUUCAAGAUGGACCAGGAUGAUUUGAAGCAAUUGGAAUUUGGUUCCAAGGAAGCACCAGUUAAAGAUGGAGGCUAUGAAAGUCUCCAAUUUGAGGCUGACCGUGUCCCAAAUUCAGAUCAAUUCCUGGAGAUUUCUAGACAAAAAUAUUUCACUACUAAUGACUCACAUGUUACAAAUCUGAAAUUUAAUUCAAGUUUAGGCAUUGAGCAGACAACCUCCUUAGAAAAGCAGCCUUGUGACAUCAGCAACUAUGACAAAGCGUCCAGUCAGGCCAUUCAGGCUACAGACCUUGCCCGAAGCCAAGUACAGGAUAAACCCUACAAGUGUACAGACUGUGGGAAGUCAUUUAACCAUAAUGCGCACCUCACAGUGCAUAAAAGGAUCCACACUGGAGAGAGACCUUACAUGUGCAAAGAGUGUGGCAAAGCCUUCAGCCAGAACUCCUCCCUGGUUCAGCACGAGCGAAUCCACACGGGAGAUAAGCCCUAUAAAUGUGCUGAAUGCGGGAAGUCUUUCUGUCAUAGUACGCACCUCACUGUCCAUCGGAGAAUUCACACUGGAGAGAAGCCCUAUGAGUGUCAGGAUUGUGGGAGGGCUUUCAACCAGAAUUCCUCCCUCGGCAGACACAAACGCACACACACUGGAGAGAAGCCAUACACCUGCAGUGUGUGUGGGAAGUCUUUUUCUCGAACCACUUGCCUGUUCCUGCAUCUGAGGACUCACACAGAAGAGAGACCCUACGAGUGUAACCACUGUGGGAAGGGCUUCCGGCACAGCUCCUCCCUGACCCAGCAUCAGCGAAAGCAUGCUGGGGAGAAACCCUAUGAGUGUCGCCAGAGAUUAAUCUUUAAGCAGACUUCAUCUCUAAUGAAGCAGGAAUGGGCAGAAGCACUAGGCUGCAACUCCACUUUGAGUCCAGAAGAGAGUGCUUCCCGUAGUGACAGGCCCUUUAAGUGUAAUCAGUGUGGAAAGUGUUUUAUUCAGAGUUCUCAUCUUAUCCGACACCAGAUAACUCACACCAGGGAGGAGCCCCAUGGACGAAACAGGCGCCGUAGCUCACAGCUCAGUCGUCAGGCACACUCAGGAGAGAAUAUUGGGGGCGGAACAAAGACAGGUCAGCCUGCAGGCAGGGCACUUGCCUUGUUUGACAUCCAUGAGAUUAUGCAAGAAAAAAACCCAGUGCAUGUUAUUGGGGUUGAAGAGCCUUCUGUGGGUGCUUCAGUGUUGGUUGACAUCAGCGAAUCCUCAUAGGGGAGAAACUACAGAUGACUUUUGAACUCUGGUUAUAAAAAUGUGGAAAGUCCACAUAGUAUUUUCAUAAGUAGAGGGACAGAUUAAAAAUGCUGAAGGUAACUCCUGGUUUCUUAAGGAAAAGAAGCUUCCCAAACACCUGAGAUAGGUGGUUCUCAAAUCUGCCCCCUGAAAGCAUAAAUGUUUUGUCUUGAGUCCCUCUGUUACCAAGAAAUGAAUUUAUGCAUAAUGUAACCUAUCUAUAUGUGAAUGUCAAGAAUAUAUAUGUGUGUGUUUGUGUGUGUGUAUAGCCUAUUUUAUAAAGUAUAAUGAAAACAAAGGUAAUUGGUAAUAGGGUAACAUGUACUAAGUGGCGGGAUAUCUUGUAAUGUCACUGUGUGAAAUAUUAUACUUAGAGACCUGGGCAUUGCUUAUUGCUUUCCCUCUUGUUCAUGGGCUAUAGGAUUGACUCCUGAAUUUUGUGAGGGGCAUUUUGCCAUUGUCCAUUUUGAAAACUCAUUACAGAAAGAUACAAAUGGAUGAUGGCAAAAUUUUUGAACAAAAUGCCAUAAUACUUCUGGAAAAUUGGGUGUAAUACUCUAAGCAUGCCAGGAUUAAAUUGUGUUUAUAUGUGAAGUUGACUUAAGAAUUCAAUUCAUAUGUUGCAAACAGGUCAUUAUCUAUGUAUAUACAUCCCCCAGUGGCUCCAGUUCUGAAUUUACAGUCACUGGAGCACACUUCACUGUCAGCCACAUGUCUUUUCACUUUUUUUCAGUGGGGUUGGUGGGGGCCAUGCCUAGCUCGAGUCAGAUAGUGAUCAGAGGAUCACAUUUAGUUCCAGACCAAAUUGGGGUCACCAUUGUGCAAGGCAAGCACCUUACCCGCUGUUGUAUCUCUUUGGCCCUCACCCACACUUCUCCCAAAAUCAGAUGAUAAAAAGUUCAUGGGAAAUUAGGGUUGUCCUAACAACUCUAUAUUGUUUAAUUUUAACAAAUGCUAGUUGAUAUCUCACAUCAGUCCCAGAAGUCAUGCCUUUCAUCAUGGUUAUGAAUGAUCUGUAAGUAUCUUUAAAACACUUUUAUUUAUAUUUGAGCUAGGGUCAUCCUCCUGUAAUACAAGCUCUGUAGCUCAUGCUUUGCAGUGCCGAGGAUCUGCUGCUGAGUUAUAUCCCCAUUUUUAUUGGCAUAAAACAAUUUUAUGACUGAGAUGUGAUAUUUAGUAUCUCAUACAUAGCACAUGGGCUAUAAAAACCAAAGAUGUGGGCCAUGGAGAUGUUCAAAGGACUAAAGCACGUGCUUUCCAUGUAUGAGCCCUUGGAUUAGUCUCUAACACACAUAGGCAAGAGAGAAUGCAAAAGGUAAGAUGUUUGCCUUUUAUGCAGCAACCCAGGUUCAAUCUCUGGCAUUGCAUUUGGUCUCCUCAACCCUAUCAGUAGUGACCCUUGAGUACAGCAAGAUAUACCCAACCCCACCUCCCAAAAAACUUGAUUUACAUGUGACAGCAUUAACUGUGACCCUGGUUGAUUUCAUGACACCAUAUUUGGUCACCUUAGCAUUUCCAAGGGUCACUUCUGAGUACAGAGCCAGGAAUAGCCCCUUAGCACUGCUUGGGUUUAUCCCAAAAAUUUGUAUUCAAGAAGUGAUUCCAGUACCAGGGUUGGAGAAACCCUAUAGAAGGCAAGGUGCUUACUUGACUUGCAUGCAAUUGACCGGGUUCUUUUCCAGUACCACAUAUGGUCCCCUAAGCUCCACCAGAAGUGAUCCCAAGCACUACAGGAUGUUGCCCAAAAUAUAAAAGGUGAUCCAGCUAUAGCUACUUUCUUGAGGGGUCGGCCACACCCAACAGUGUCUAGGGGUUACUCCCACUAUCCUUAGGGAGCUACACAGUGCUGUGGAGUAAAUCCAGAGCACCUGCAUGCAGAGCACUCAAGCCCUUUGCUCUGUGCCAUCUCCCUGACCCCUGCAAAACCCUCUUUUGCUUGUAUUUGGAUCUUCCAAGUGUUGUUCAGGAGGCAGGGAGCAGGGUAGAGGGAGGGGUGCGGAAUCCGCUAGGGAUUCUUGACCACCCUGGCCAGGAAGGACCAAGGAUACAGUGUCGUGCUGGGAUUACCCUGGCCACCAAAAUGCUUGGGCUCUUCCAGGGCCACACCCGGUGAUGCUGUGGGGCCCAUGGAUUGGGGAUCAAAAUGGAUCAACCACACACACAGCAUCCCUAUACUACCUUCUCAGCCCCCUAAACCCUGCAUAUGACCUUCAACCAUGUGGUGUAGCCUCUAGGAUGCGCCAGCUUACUGGUGCCCUCUGGGAAGGGGCAACCAAGACUGUUCUGGAAGCUGAGCCUGGGAUUGGUUAUGCCUUCUACCUUGGCCCCAAAAUUGCAGGUUGUGAAUAGUCACAUUUUCAUAACUCUCAGAAACUAGCUGACAAUAAGCAGCUCACUGUUGGCACUCAUCUCCAUCUUACAGGUAGUGAAGAAUGUGGCAAAGUUCCCAUUUUCCUUUUCAGUUCAUCCUUCCUUUGUGUAAUUUCCUACAGUAAACUAGGUAAAUACUGGCUUAUUUAUAAAAGUAACAGUGUAUGAAAGUAUAAAGAUUUAUUUAAAGUUCAAUUUCUUAGGUUGUUUUUCACCAUCCGGAGAUGGUGAUUAUCAUGAAGAACUAAGAAUGUUUAAAGUUUUGGGGGUCUGAGCAAUAGUACAGCAAAUAGUGUGCUUGCCUUGCAUGCGGCUGACGGUGGUUCUGUUACCAGCAUCUCUUAUAGUCCCCUAAGCCUGCCAGGAAUGAUCACUGAUCAUUGGUUGGAUGUCACCCAAAGUCCCUCCCCAAAAAGCCAAAAAGAACAUUUUGUUUUUUCUUUCAUUUUUUUCUUAAAAUAUACAUAUAUAUUUACAUAAAAUACACUAAAUUGUAUUGUGGGGGAAAGGGUGUAGAAUCCUCUAGGAUUCCAUAUAUAUGUCCACAUAUACAUAUACAUACAUGUAUAGUUAUAUGGUUAUCUUGGAUUUAGAAAAGUUAUGAUCCCUUCUUAGUUCUUUUGUAACCCAUGCUUUUUACAAUAACAGAAUUUUUCUAUGACAGUGAAUUUCUUAUAACUAAAACUUUCAGUAUUGUAGCAAUAUGCCCCCCAUACAGCCUUGAUUUUUAUCUAAAAGAAGGAGUUAGUUCCUAAUGGAGUAUAAAUUGAUAUAGCCUGUAUGAAGAGCAAGUUAUCCUAUGCUGUCAAAAUUACAAACACAAAAUCUUUGAACUUAUUUCUCAGAAUGAAUCCUAUAGAUACAUUUCAUUUAUCAUUUUCUCUAUGGUAAUUAUUUCAGACUGGAAAUUUGGAAAUAAACCACUGCCCACACCUUGUGAUUUGUGAUUGACUAGCUGAUUUGUGCUGGACUGGAGAUCUGCACAGCCUUAAAAUUGCGAAGUCAUUGGAUCAGAGAGUAUAGGGGUUAAGGUGUUUCUAUUCCAGGUCUGUCUUGGGUAACACAUUUUAUGGUCCCUCAAGCACCAUCACUAGUGACCCCUGAGCACCGCCAGGUAUAACUCAACCCACCCACCAGAAAAAUGUGGACUGUAUAUACUAAUGUGUAUCUUGAAAGAACUCCAAGGUACAUUGUUAAGUAAAAAGGUAUAAUGGCAUCUUAUGCCUUGUUUCCAUUGUAAAAAAUAAACUUAUACAUAAAUAUUCUGAAAGGGGGCAAAGUAACCAGCAUACUAGUUUUGGGGUUAAGGAACAAGCUUUAUUAUAUCUUUUGAUAUUUUUAAAUUUUGGAAAAUGUAAAACUAUUACUAGUUUAAAAAAUAAAAUCUUAACUCUUUCAA